AUGGAAACAACUGCCCCACGUGCCGGAAGCCAGCUGGAGGCGGCAAGGACACAUUUACCAGAAUCUCAUCGCGCCGAGACCCUGUGGGUGUCCUCGCGAGGCGAGGUCUCCGAAAUGGCUGGUUCCAGUCAAGGAAACAUCCAGCCUCUGGACCUUGCAGAAUUUGCUAAAAAGCAGCCCUGGUGGCGCAAGUUGUUCGGCCAAGAACCCGGGCCCGCUGCUGAAAAGUGCAGCGUGGCCACCCAGCUGCUCAUAGGAGGCGUCACCGGAUGGUGCACGGGUUUCAUAUUCCAGAAGGUUGGAAAGUUGGCGGCAACAGCUGUGGGCGGUGGAUUUUUCCUCCUUCAGAUCGCAAACCAUACCGGUUACAUCAAGAUUGACUGGCAGCGGGUCGAAAAGGAUAUGAGGAAAGCCAAGGAACAGCUGAAAAUUCGUAAUAGCGACCAAAUCUCCAGCGAAGUCCAGAGCAAAGCAGAGGAGGUGGUAUCGUUUGUGAAGACGAAUGUCCUUGUCACAGGGGGAUUUUUUGGAGGCUUUCUGCUGGGCAUGGCAUCCUGAGGCGGACGACUUCUCAUUCUUCAGCUGUGUUUUUCCAGGCAGGAGCUUCUACACUGUACCACAGGAUAUUGACUCUCUCCUCAUCUUCCUCUCCCCCUGUGCCUUCCUCCUUGCACUGGCAGAUAAGAAUAGCACUCUGUCGGGACAGGUUAACUUGGUACUGACCUGGCUUGAACUUGCCGAUGAUGGAAGACACAACAGACAUUAGCUUCUCUUCUCAGCACUCUCCCUACAUGGCUAGUCCGUACGUCAGCAAGAACGUGCCUCUCCCUGUCAUAAACUGCAAGCUGGCCCACCCAGAAGGAUGAAUGGGUACUCACACGUUGCUCCAAAAUUGUUGGUGUGAAAAAGAAAUAGCACAUAGACAUCUUGUACUUACAUCCGGCACAGAAAA